AUGUUACAAAUUUUAUUCCUACUAUUUUCAUUUUGCAUUUUAAUUGAUGGUGAUAGUAUCAGUGAUUGCUCAAAAUAUAAAGAUUGCGCUUCAUGCGUUAAAUCAUAUCGUCCAUUGCCAGGAUUUAAACGAUUUUGCGGAUGGCAUACUGAUAGAUCAGUAUGUGAUGAGCCACUUUCUCUUGUAUCAGGUAAAAGUGUUGUCGUACGUGAACCAUUUAUGUGUCCUCGAAAAGCACCACCUGAUGAGGAACAUCCUUAUACUGAUACACUUGGCCGUUCAUUAUUUAGCCUAGUAUUAGCUGUUCGAAAUAAAGAUCCCACAGAAUGUCUUGCUAAUAGCCAACCUAAUGUACAACUGAUAAAACGUUAUGAAGUGGAAUGUGAUCAAUCACAUAAUCUUUGUGCUUCAAUGCUUGCUGUUUCUGAAAGUAAUAAAAGUAUUUAUGUUGUUUAUAAAUCAAGUAAUAUGGAUAAACAAUUAAUUACUGAAUUCAUACAUAUGGUGGCAGCGCAAUUGGGUGUAUGGCAAAAUUUCGAAGGUGGUGGCGGUGUGGCGACCUAUUUUCAUGGCGCAUUUGAACGACUUUUCAAGGGAAGCGGCAUGAAAGAUGACCUCAUUAAGCUGAAGAAAAAAUAUCCCGGUUAUGAAGUUUGGUGCACAGGUCAUUCAUUGGGUGGAUCAUUAUCAUCAAUGACAGCAUUAUAUCUAAUAAAAAAGGAAAUAUUUCCGGCUAAAUUAGUUCGUCUUGUGACAUUCGGUGAGCCAAGAACCGGUAAUGUAGCAUUUGCACAAGCUGUUGAGGAAAAUGUCAAAGUUCGUUACAGAGUAGUUCAUCGUGGUGAUCCGAUAACAAAUAUGCCAGCAUCAAUAAAUCCAAUUGGUUUGUUAUUGUCACCAACAAUUGCAGAACGACAAGGAUAUUUUUAUCGUUAUUUGGUUUAUUAUGAUAAUGAUAUGAAAAAGGAUAAUAAAUUUAGUAUAUGCACAUUAUCAGGAGAUUACGCUUGUCGUAAUUUGGUUUUAGCAAACAAUCCGUUAGAUCAUAUAAGUUAUUUUGAUGUCAAUGCUGAUUUAUAUUUGUCGAAGGGAUGCAAAGGUGAUCAAUUAACGGUAAUUGGUAACAAAACAGAAAGAAAAAAAACAACAACAACAACAACGAAAACAACAAAAACAACAAUAACAACAAUAACAACAACAACAACAACAACAACAAUAGCAACAACAGCAACAGCUACAGAAACAGCAACAACAAUAACAACAACAGCAGCGACGACAGCAACUAGCAUUGCCAAUGCUGCUGAUAGUAAUGCUGAUAGUGUUGCUAGUGAUAAUGAUACUACAACUACUGAUAACGAUGCUAAAACUACUGAUAGUGAUGCUAGUGCUAAUGAUGAUAAUAGUGCAACUACUGAUGCUACUACUAUAACUGAUGAUAAUACGGCAACCACUGAUUCUGAUGCUGAUACUACUACUACUGAUACUGCUGUUACUGAUACUAAUACUACUGAUACCGAUACUGAUACUACUGAUGCCGACUCUGAUACUACUGAUAGCGAUACUGAUACUACUGCUACUGAUACUGAGAUUACUACUACUGCUUCUACUACUAAUACUAUUGCUGUCACAGAUAGUGCAAAAUAA